CCAAUCAUGGUGGGCCCAGGACCCCUGGCUAUCUCACUGUUCCUGCCUAGCCUCACCCUGCUGGUGUCCCACCUCUGCAGCUCUCAGGAUAUUUCCAGUGAGCCCAACAGUGAGCUGCUGUGCGCCCGGAGGGAGCACCCCAUCGUGGCCUUUGAAGAUCUGAAGCCAUGGGUAUCUAACUUCACCUACCCUGGAGCCCGAGAUUUCUCCCAGCUCGCUCUGGAUCCCUCCAGGAACCAGCUUAUCGUGGGAGCCAGGAACUACCUCUUCAGACUCAGCCUUGCCAAUGUCUCUCUCCUUCAGGCCACAGAGUGGGCCUCCAAUGAGGACACGCGUCGCUCGUGCCAGAGCAAAGGGAAGACUGAGGAAGAGUGUCAGAACUAUGUGCGAGUGUUGAUUGUCGCCGGCCGGAAGGUGUUUAUGUGUGGCACCAAUGCCUUUUCCCCAGUGUGCUCCAGCAGACAGGUGGGGAACCUCAGCCGGACCAUCGAGAAGAUCAAUGGUGUGGCUCGCUGUCCCUACGACCCGAGACACAACUCCACAGCUGUCAUCUCCUCCCAAGGGGAGCUUUAUGCAGCUACGGUCAUCGACUUCUCAGGUCGGGACCCUGCCAUCUAUCGUAGCCUGGGCAGUGGGCCACCACUCCGCACUGCCCAGUAUAACUCCAAGUGGCUCAAUGAGCCAAACUUUGUGGCAGCCUAUGACAUCGGGCUGUUUGCAUACUUCUUCCUGCGGGAGAAUGCGGUGGAGCAUGACUGUGGGCGCACUGUGUACUCUCGGGUGGCCCGCGUGUGCAAGAAUGAUGUGGGAGGCCGCUUCCUGCUGGAGGACACAUGGACCACUUUCAUGAAGGCUCGACUCAACUGCUCCCGCCCCGGCGAGGUCCCUUUCUACUACAAUGAGCUGCAGAGUGCCUUCCACCUGCCUGAGCAGGACCUCAUCUAUGGUGUCUUUACCACCAACGUAAAUAGCAUUGCUGCUUCAGCUGUCUGCGCCUUCAACCUCAGUGCCAUCUCCCAGGCUUUCAACGGCCCAUUUCGUUACCAGGAGAAUCCCAGGGCCACCUGGCUCCCCAUCGCCAACCCCAUCCCCAAUUUCCAGUGCGGCACCCUGCCCGAGACCGGCCCCAACGAGAACCUGACGGAGCGCAGUCUGCAGGAUGCGCAGCGCCUGUUCCUGAUGAGCGAGGCCGUGCAGCCGGUGACCCCCGAGCCGUGCGUCACGCAGGACAGCGUGCGCUUCUCACACCUGGUGGUGGACCUGGUGCAGGCCAAGGACACGCUCUACCACGUGCUCUACAUCGGCACGGAAUCCGGCACUAUCCUAAAGGCGCUGUCCACCGCCAGCCGCCACCUCCGCGGCUGCUACCUGGAGGAGCUGCACGUGCUGCCGCCCGCGCGCCGCGAGCCCCUGCGCAGCCUGCGCAUCCUGCACAGCGCGCGUGCGCUCUUCGUGGGGCUCAGCGACGGCGUCCUGCGCGUCCCGCUGGAGAGGUGCGCCGCCUACCGCAGCCAGGGGACAUGCCUAGAGGCACGAGACCCAUACUGCGGCUGGGAUGGGAAGCAGCAGCGUUGCAGCACGCUUGAGGACAGUACCAACAUGAGCCUCUGGACCCAGAACAUCACAGCCUGUCCUGUUCGGAAUGUGACUCAGGAUGGAGGCUUUGGCCCAUGGUCAUCAUGGCAACCAUGUGAGCACUUAGAUGGAGACAACUCAGGCUCUUGUCUAUGCCGAGCCCGAUCCUGUGACUCUCCCCGGCCCCGCUGUGGGGGCCUGGAGUGCCUGGGGCCAGCCAUCCACAUCGCCAACUGCUCCAGGAAUGGGGCGUGGACCUCGUGGUCAUCGUGGGCACAGUGCAGUACAUCCUGUGGGAUUGGCUUCCAGGUCCGCCAGCGAAGCUGCAGUAACCCUGUGCCCCGCCACGGGGGCCGCAUCUGCGUGGGCAAGAGCAGGGAGGAGCGGUUCUGCAAUGAGAACACGCCUUGCCCCGUGCCCAUCUUCUGGGCCACGUGGGGUUCCUGGAGCAAAUGCAGCAGCAACUGUGGGGGUGGCGUGCAAUCGCGGCGUCGGGCGUGUGAGAAUGGCAACUCGUGCCCGGGCUGCGGCGUGGUGAGGGUCCCGGGAGGGGGGAGGGGGGUCGUGGGGGUGGGGGAGUGUGGAGACCUCCCCCGCGGGCAGGGGCAGGUCUGCAGGCUCUGGGGCUCUGACACCCCCACCCCACACCCCCCCCCCAAGGAGUUCAAGACGUGCAACCCCGAGGGCUGCCCCGAGGUGCGGCGCAACACGCCCUGGACCCCGUGGCUGCCGGUGAACGUGACGCGGGGCGGCGCGCGGCAGGAGCAGCGCUUCCGCUUCACCUGCCGCGCGCCCCUGCCCGACCCCCACGGCCUGCAGUUUGGAAAGAGGAGGACCGAGACCCGAACCUGCCCGCCCGAUGGCUCCGGAGCCUGCGACACCGAUGGUCUGGUGGAGGAUCUCCUGCGCAGCGGGAACACCUCCCCGCACACGCUGAGCGGAGGCUGGGCCGCCUGGGGUCCCUGGUCGGCCUGCUCCCGGGACUGCGAACUGGGCUUCCGCGUCCGCAAGAGAACGUGCACCAACCCCGAGCCCCGAAACGGGGGUUUGCCCUGUGUGGGCGAUGCCGCUGACUACCAGGACUGCAACCCCCAGGCCUGCCCAGUGCGGGGUGCUUGGUCCUGCUGGACCGCGUGGUCCCAGUGCUCAGCCUCCUGCGGUGGGGGCCACUAUCAACGCACUCGUUCCUGCACCAGCCCGGCGCCCUCCCCAGGUGAGGACAUCUGUCUGGGGCUGCACACGGAGGAAGCAUUAUGUGCCACACAGGCCUGCCCAGAAGGCUGGUCACCGUGGUCUGAGUGGGGUGUCUGCACUGAGGAUGGAACCCAAAGCCGGAGCCGGCACUGUGAAGAGCUGGUCCCAGGACCCGGGGCCUGUGCUGGCAACAGCAGCCAGAGCCGCCCCUGCCCAUACAGUGAGAUUCCAGUCAUCCUGCCUGCCUCCAGCAUGGAAGAGGCCACCAGCUGUGCAGGGUUCAAUCUUAUCCACCUGGUGGCCACAGGCGUCUCCUGCUUCCUCGGCUCUGGACUCCUGACCUUGGCAGUGUACCUGUCUUGCCAUCACUGCCAGCGCCAGUCCCAGGAGUCCACCAUUGUCCAUCCUGCCACCCCCAACCAUCUGCACUAUAAGGGCGGAGGCACCCCUAAGAAUGAGAAGUACACACCCAUGGAGUUCAAGACCCUGAAUAAGAAUAACCUGAUUCCUGAUGACAGAGCCAACUUCUACCCACUGCAGCAGACCAAUGUAUACACGACCACCUACUACCCCAGCCCGCUGAACAAGCCCAGCUUUCGGUCCGAGGCCUCACCUGGACAGCGGUGCUUCCCCAACAGCUGAUCCUACCAUCCUGGGACUUGGGCUCCUUGCCUUUCCAAGGCACAGAGCAGUGGAGAUCGGACAGUCACUUUGGUUUUCUCCCUCUGUACUGGGCCAAAAACUUGUUGCCUGGCCUGUGGAGAUCCCAUCAGCGUCAGAGAGCUCUGGCUGUUGGUGACCAUGGGGGAGAGGACUGACUUCAGGCUGGCAUAUGGCUGUGGACCCAGCUCAGCCCAGGUCUCUCAUGGCCUCGUUGUGACCCACCAUCAGGCUCACCCUCCCCUGCCACAUCUGAGCUGUGGACUUUCUGGGCCUGUGAAGAAUUGGAGAAUAGAGUUGGCAGGAGGGCAGCCUCUUAGAUUGAGGUUGGAAAUGACUUCCAGGGGCAUCAUCAGCCAAAUCCCCCCCUCUGGCUGACCCCAAGAAAGGCCUGAGAUGGAUCCAGCUCGUCUCUGAUGGAACUAAAUAAACGGCUCAGUAACUCUGGACCUCUGCCCAGGGAUGGACCAUUGUGGUGCUGAGCCAUGUGGCACAGGGGACCAAUGCGGGUCCAGAUUGUCCACCUCUUCCUAGUAAUCUGUAUGUCACCCAAGGAUUUUCCUCUGGUCAGAGGAAAUGAGAAUUGGGAACUGGAGAUAAGACUCAUCUUUGCCAAGAAGCCCUUUAAUCUGGCCUGGAACAAACAUUAGCCUCAUGCUCCAAAUGCUUGAAAGGUAACCCAAGAGGAAGGAAGGCUAAGACCCUAGGAGGCAGAGUCUGGCCUCCAUUUCUCAAUGGAGACUCUAUUCCAGUUGCUGCUCACCAGAGUUGUUGGCUGAGACCUGACUGGGAGUUUUUGCUGGCCCCUCAUCUAUUCAGGAAGACA